CCCGUUACGUCUAAUGCGAAAGACUCGGUCGUCCGAACCCGUUAUUGUUUUCGCAGUUUCGAUUCGCACAGUACCUAAAUAGGUAUCCGUCAGUUGUAGCUGCAAACGUAUUAUUAUAAACUAUAUUUAGUAGCGGCACUGCAGCAGUUUGUCCAGCCUGACGGAAUUUGGUUCACGUCAAGCCAUAAUAACAUUAUUUACCGUGCGCGCGAGGCACGGGGACCAAGACGCCGUUAUUCUGUGAGUCGUCCUUAUCACGACUCGCCCGAUACAACAACUACACAACAACUACAACAAUCGAUUACAACAACAUUUUCAGUGCGAAGCAAACCGACAAUAUCGAAUGUUGAUAUCUCAGUUUCGUCUCAUCGUCCCAACACGACUUUCAACUCUUAACUAAGUGGGGUGAUAACGAUAAUAACGAUAAUAACGAUAACAACGAUAAUAACGAUACUAGCGAUAACAACGAUAACAACAAAUACGACCUCCCUCGAUAGUCGACAUCCGCCUCACCUUCUACGUGUGCCAAGCGAAUAGCAACGAUGUUCCCUCAGACCAACCUCGGUUGCGUUUGAAAAUGAUCUGCCGCCGUUCCGUCGCCUCCGUAACAACGCUUCGCUGCAGCUGCUGUCGUCACGUUGUCGGACGAACCGUUUGUGGAAGGAAGCGUGCUGCUGUUGUACCCACAUUCCACCAUACUUAAAUGCGUCGUUGUUUGCGACAGCCAUUCACGCUGUUCAACCCCACGUGUCGGAUCGCACAACUCUUAUAACCAUUUGUUUUUAAGCCAGUGAACAAAGAACAAUUGGUAUCAAAUUUAUUUAUUCAACAUACCUAUUAAAAUAAUUUUAAAGUUCAAAUUUCUUUCUUCAAAAUACGUAACAUUGAUCAUAUCAAUGAAAAAUUCUAUGGUUUUAUCAGCUAAUAAACCUAGAAUAUUAAGAAAUGGUAAAAUUGUGAUAUCAAAAACAAAAAAUACGAUUAAAAAAAAGUCUCUUCCAAAAGAAAAGAUAAACAAUAAAUUAUCUUUUCUUAAAACAAGUUCAAAAGAAAUAAGUAAUUUAAAUGUUAAAAAUAAUAACGAAAUUAUGGUACCUUCUAAUUAUAAGCAUAUAUUUGACAAACGUCAUUUAUAUGUAAUGCUCACUAAAUUACCACCAUCAAUAAUCUAUGGAGAUUCGUUUGAUGAUCAUAACAAUAUCAACAAUAAUAAAAAUUAUACAAAAUUAGAAGAUUAUAUUCAAUUAAAUGAACUUCAAAUAUACAAUAAGCUUGAACCAAAGAUAGAAAAAUGUAAUAUGUUAACUGCUACAAAAGAAACUAAACAGACAUGUAUGACAUCAAACUCUUUUAAUAAUAAAAGUGUUCCGAAAUCUGAAACAUGUGAUCAUUCAGUAAUUAAUCAAACUCCAGAUGUACGAAUUACACGUGGAAAAACAAUCAAGCUUCAAACAGAAGAAAGAAAACAAUUGGAUCAAAUAAUUUUUGAUAAAUUCCCCAACAACACAUUUAAAAUGUUUGCUAUUAAAUUAUAUGAUAUUAACGAAGAAGUAAAAUUUCUCCGAACCCUUGGAUUGAUAUGUCGUUUUAAAUGUCCCUUUACUAGUAAGUUAAAAAAAAAAUAAUGAUAUACAUAGUUUGCUUUUGUCAUGAAGUUAAAAUAUUUGUAUCUUGAUCUUAGUUUUUGUUUACCUAAUUAAUUAUAAUAUUAUAUAAUUGUGUAGAAGAAACUUGAAACUUAAAAUUAAUUUAAUUUAGGUGAUAGGUCUGGAUAAAUAUAGCCUUUUAAAUUUAAAGACUUUUUAUUAUUUAAUCUCAUUUAAUUAUUGUGUAUAAUGUAUUAAAUUGUAUGUAUUAAAUUACAUGCUGAUGUAUGUUAUAACUUAUUUAUAUAAUUAACUAUUUGUAUAGAAGCAAUUCAAAUAUUAGUCAAUAUCAAUUAACUACUUUUAUUUAUUUCACUGAAAUUAGUAUAUAUUAUAUAAAUGGACAAAUAAUUUAAAACUAUCUAACUUAAUAUACUUAAUUCUCAUUAUAAUUAAUUAAUUUAAUUCAUUAAGAACUUAACUAUGAAAACAUGUAUUUUAUCCUAGUAGGAAUCCAAGUGUGUUAAUAAUAUUUAAGACAAUUGUUUACUAACAAUCAUUUUGUAAAAUAUUUACUACUACUAUUAUAAGUUUGUUAUUAAUAUAAUUUAAACUAAAUAGUUUGUUAUUAAUUAUGUGUAAGACUAUAAUAAUUGUUCAUUCAUAAAAUCCAUCAAACAUUCAUUAUUAUAAUUGUUAUUUAAAAACAUG